CACAAAAUUCUAUUUAAUGUCAUGUCUAUCCUGUUCUUAGUCAAUGGUGAUAUUUGUGCAGUGAAUAUGUACAAACUUUAUGUGAUAUCACAGACGAUACUCUGUGGUGAUACUACGUUAGCAGAAUAAUUUAACAUAAAUGAUGUACAAAAUGCAUUUCUCUGCAUAAUUGGGGUAUUUAAACCAUUUUUAGUAUCAUCUGUAAACGAUAAACCGUAUACAGCCAUAAUGAAGCAUAAUGAUAAAAAUGCAUGCAUAAAUAUUAAGCUUAUUCUAUACCACAAACAAUGGUGCCUCUAUCAGAAUUGUGAUCUCGUUUGCGUCUCUAUCUCGCCUAUGAUCACAUAUAGAAAUUAAAGUUAUCAAUUUCGGAGAAAAUCUGUUUUCUUGUGCCCUCUGCAAUUUAGAACGGAGACUUUGAGAACUAUAAUCAACGUAACUACCAAAGUCGAUAUAAUCUGCAGGUGUAAAAUGAUCCUCUUUUGUUACUUCAAGUGGUAUAUAGCAUGAGAUAUAUGAGACGAUGCGGGAGAGUAAGCCUGUGAUCAUAUAGAGAGCGCCGUGUGACAACGCGGCGACUCUAAACGGCAGAAUGGCGGCUGGUUUUACAUUAUUAUGUUUAAUAUUCUAAUAGAUACUCAAGUCCAAGCGGUAAAUAGAUAGUAUGUAACGAUGAAUAUGAAGGACUAUUUUGAUAUCGAAUCUUUAAUAACUGAAUUACAGUGUAGACCGAUUUUAUGAGGAAACUAGAAGAAUUUAUCCUGUUCAACAACAUGUUUUUAUCCAUCAAAUUUUUAAUAAUCACAUGGCUCUUCCGACUACAAUUUGCGAUAGCACUGGAGAGUGAUGAAACAAACAGCGUUAAUACGUGUAACCUGCCGCAGAACCUUAUACAAGAGAUAGACUCGUACGAACCCUUUGUUCAUGCUAUAAUAAACGAGACUUUAUACGGAUCGUUCAAAGGAACGACUUGGAAUGAAUUAGCUUACUUCGUUGACACAUUUGGUCCGAGAUUUACUGGUACUGCAGUGCUAGAGCGUUCCAUUGAUUAUGUGUUAAAUAAAUCUUUGGAGUUUGGUUUGGAUAAUGUACACGGUGAAUCCGUUAGUGUGCCACAUUGGGUCAGAGGAAAGGAAUCAGCGACGCUUUUAAAGCCAAGACGCAAAGAUAUUGCUCUUCUGGGAUUAGGUUACAGUGUUGGGACUCCACCCGAAGGAAUAACCGCAAAGGCUAUCGUCGUGAACAGUUUCAAAGAACUUGAAGAAAGAAAGCACGAGGUCCGAGGAAAGAUCGUUGUAUUUAAUGAGAAAUAUGUUUCGUAUGAUAAAACGGUAAAGUAUCGAGACGAAGGAGCAACAGAAGCAUCGAAACAUGGUGCUGUUGCUGCUUUAAUUAGAUCCGUUACACCAUAUUCUUUGUAUUCCCCACAUACGGGUAUGCAAACGUACGGCGAGAAUGUGACUAAAAUUCCGGUAGCUUGUAUCACGGUUGAAGAUGCCAGCUUGUUGAGAAGGAUGUCUGAUAGAGGUGCAGUUUUAGAAAUAAAUUUAAAAAUGCAGGCGAAAAAUUUGCCGAACAAAGUAUCACGAAAUGUAAUAGCUGAAUUGAAAGGUUCCAAGGCGCCGGAGAAAGUUGUAGUUAUAUCUGGUCACAUCGACAGUUGGGACGUUGGUCAGGGCGCAAUGGACGAUGGCGGUGGUGCAUUUAUUUCGUGGCAAGCAUUAAAAUUAUUGAAACACCUUAAUUAUAAACCACGACGAACAGUAAGAAUGAUCAUGUGGACGGCUGAAGAACUUGGAAUCAUAGGAGGUAAUCAUUAUAUCAAAAGUCAUAAAAGCGAAGAGAAGAAUUUACAGUUCGUGCUGGAAUCGGAUGGGGGCACGUUCAAGCCACUAGGUUUUGAAGUUACCGGAACCGAAGAAGUUGUGUGCAUCCUAGAAAGAAUCAUGAAGCUGUUCUCUAUCAUGGGAGAUAUGAAGCUUCGUAGUCCCUGCGACGGCCCUGAUAUCGCUUCUUGGGUAGAUGCAGGAGUACCAGGAGGUUCUCUUUGGACUCAAGACGAACAAUACUUUUAUUACCAUCAUACGAAUGCGGAUACUAUGUUGGUUGAAGAUCCGGAAGCUCUUGAUAAGGGAACAGCCCUAUUUGCAGCAUUAUCUUAUGUACUUGCGGAGCUUAGCGUCGAUCUUCCACGUCACAAGUGACGAUAUUAUUCGUAUUAUUAAUAUCGAUGUCGAUUAUUCGAAAACGUUAAUGUUAGAAUCUAUAUAUAUGAAUUUUUACGAAAAUGGAACAUUAAAGGAAUAUUUUUGAAAAUA